CAUCAGCGACAGUUCGGCAAUAAAUACCACGCGCCGGCGCCGCGCUGCGCAGCCAGAGCCCAGAGCCAGCCAAGAAACGAGAUCCCCCUCGCCUUCCACCGAGGAGCCAAGAUUCCGCCCGGCGGCGAUGGCGGCGCCCGGCGAUGAGGGGGAGCGGGGGCGGCCGCCGGUGGUGCUGGUGACGGGGUGCUCGGAGGGCGGCAUCGGGCACGCGAUGGCGCGGGCGUUCGCGGCGGCCGGGUGCGCGGUCGUGGCCACGGCGCGGUCGCGCUCGUCCAUGCGCGGGCUCGAGGGCGACCCACGGUUCCUGCUGCUGGAGCUCGAUGUGCGGUCCGACGAGAGCGUGCGCGCCGCCAUGACGGACGCCCUGCGGGAGCGCGGCCGCGUCGACGUGCUCGUCAACAACGCCGGGGUCCACCUCGUCGCGCCGCUCGCUGAGGUGCCCAUAGAGUCCUUCCACCAGGUCUUCGACACCAAUGUCUAUGGAGCAAUGAGGUUGAUUCAAGCUGUUAUUCCUCAUAUGAUAGAAAGAAGAAAAGGUACCAUUGUGAAUGUAGGAAGUAUUGCCGCUUUGGCUCCUGGACCAUGGGCCGGUGUGUAUUCAGCGUCGAAAGCUGCUCUUCAUGCAUUGAGUGACUCAUUAAGGGUGGAACUAAGAAGCUUCGGCGUAAACGUCAUGACUGUUGCCCCAGGGGGGACAAAGUCAAAUCUCGGGAAUUCCUCUGCAGCCAAGUAUGAUCAGAUGCACGAGUGGAAGUACUACAAGAAAUACGAGGCAUCGCUUCGAGCCAGGACCGACGUUUCCCAGGGCCCCGGGUCUACUCCAGCGGAAGACCUUGCAAAGAGGGUGGUCGCAUUGGUUUUAAAGAAGAAUCCACCAGCUUGGUUCGCUUACGGCCAGUUCGCAUCUAUCCUAACCAUGUUGUAUUAUGCACCACUGUGGUUUAGAGACUACUUUUACAGGCUGGUCAUGAAAUGCUAGUACCUGGAAGGGUAAUGGUUGUACGGACCAAGAGAUUGCUGCUCAGGCCCCAAUUUUGUUCAUCCUACUCCCAGGUUGUUACUACGUAUAUUUGUAACCGCAUAAUUACAUACACGUCGAUAUGGACCGGUCUUUUCAAGUGAAAAGCUCUCCUGAUUACUGUAUCA